AUGGCGCAGGCGAUCGCGGUCUACGUCGCGUUCGUCGUCGCGUGGCGGUGGGCCGCGGCGAGGCGCGCGCGGGGGAGGCGAGGGAUAGAGGCGCGCGGCACCGCGCGCAGCGCGUACUGCGUCCCGUCGGACGACGAGGAGGAGGAGGAGGAGGAGGAGGAGGAGGACGGCGACGACGACGACGACGACGACGACGACGGCGGAGUGAGGAGGAGGAGGAGGACGCGAGGCGCGGCGAGGUCGAGGUCGAGGACGCGGAGGAGCGCCGCGCCGCCGCCGCCGCCGCCGCCGGUCGCGAUCGUCCUCCCCGUGAAGGGCGUCAAGCCCGACAGCGAGGACAACUGGCGCGCGCAGCUGUCGUCGUCGUACGCGGGAGAUCGCGAGUACGUCUUCGUGGUGGAGUCGGCGGACGACCCGGCGGCGGCGGCGGCGACGCGGCUGGCGAAAGAAUUCGGACGCGACCGCGCCGGCCGCGCGGGCCGCGUCCGCGUGCGCGUCCUGGAGGCUGGCUCGUCGACGCGCUCGUCGCAGAAGAUUCACAGCAUGCUGAAGGGCGCGCGCGCGGUGUGCGGCGGCGGCGGCGACGACGACGACGACGACGCCGGGGCCAAGUACGUGUUGUUUCUGGACGACGACAUUCGCACGCACGCGAACACGAUCGGGUCUCUCGUGUCUUCCAUGGAAACGCUCGGCGAGGAUGCGUUUCUCGUGAAUGGCUACCCGUUCGACAUACCCGAAGAGAGCGCCGCGAGCUCCGCGGCGUUCGUGGACUACCUCACGAUGGUGUAUCACCUGGUGUUGAUCGUCGCGUUUUCGCAAGGCGCCGUCGCGAAAAAUGUGUGGGGCGGGUGCAUGCUUCUGAGAGCGUCGGACGUACGACAGAACACGCACGGGUGGGUCACGCGAUACGAGGACGGCGGGUACAGCGACGACCUGAUACUCGCGUCGCUGUGCGACGAGCACGCGCGCGUCAUCGGAUGCCCGUUCGACGCGCUGUUUCCUCAGCGCAUGGGCGGCGGCGGCGGCGGGAGAAAAUCCAAAAAAACCUUCGCGAGGUGGUGGAACUACCUGAGACGCCAGCUGUUCGUCAUGGACACGUACUCGAACGCGCACAACAGACGCGUGAACCACGCGAUGCUGCUCGUGCUGUCGUACUUAUCCCUCGCCGUCACGACGGGGAUGGCGUGCGCGCUGACCGAACUCGCGUCGUGGGGAAGCGCGCGGUCGGAGGUGGACGUUCGCUUUCCUUCGCUCGCCGCCGCCGUCGUCGUCGCGUUCGCGUGCGCGGUGCGAUCCGCGCGCGCGAUGUACGCCGCGAUGGGCGAUCUCGCGGAGGCGCUCGGCGACGCGGACGCGAACGCGCUCGUGAAGAAGAUCAACUGGGCCAAGGUGGCGGCGGCGUUCGCGUGCGCCUACGCGCUCGUUCCCAUCGCCGCGGCCAUCACGGCGACGCGCGCGACGGUGGUGUGGGAGGGUGUCGCGUACGAGAAGCGACGCGGGAAGGUGACGCGUCGGGGGUAG